AUGCUACAGCUGCCCCCUUAUACAUCACACANGAACCGGCACCUGGAGCUCCUGGCCCUCUUCCCCGCCCCCGACGAGGACGAGGUGGUGGAGCGCUGCAGCCUGCCCGAGGUCCCCCGGGAGCACUUCGGCCAGCGGAUCCUGGUGAAGUGCCUUUCUCUCAAGUUUGAGAUCGAGAUCGAGCCCAUCUUCGGGACCCUCGCCCUGUAUGACAUCAAGGAAAAGAAAAAGAUCUCCGAGAACUUCUACUUCGACCUCAACUCGGAUCAGGUGAAGGGGCUGCUGCGGGCACCCGGCGGCCACCCCGCCAUCUCCACGCUGGCGCGGUCCGCCAUCUUCUCCAUAACCCACCCCUCCCCUGACAUCUUCCUGGUCAUCAAGCUGGAGAAGGUGCUGCAGCAGGGGGACAUCGGGGACUGCUGUGAGCCCUACAUGGUCAUGAAGGAGACGGACGCAGCCAAGAACAAGGAGAAGCUGGAGAAGCUGCGCGGGGCGGCGGAGCAGUUCUGUAGCCGACUGGGCCGGUACCGCAUGCCCUUCGCCUGGACGGCCAUCCACCUCCUGAACAUCGUCAGCACCGCCGGGUCCCUGGAGCGCGACCCCGCCGACGCCGAGAGCGGUGAGCCGGCUGGGAGCGCGGGCACGGCCUCUGGCUACCGCCACCGGGGGCUCGGACUCCUGAGCCGGGCGUGGGCACGGUCCGGAGACCUCCGCGGAGCGACGCUCCCCACAGCGCUGCGGGGCUGGGUGGGGGCGUUCUGCCCUCUGGACCUGUGCUGGCCCCAGGGUGGCACUAGGGGCUGCGUCGCUGCCUCUCGUUGCAGGUCGUGGGACUGCGUCGUCCCGCUUGCUAAGAGCUCCCCGGGAUUUCGGUGA